UUUGAAAGAAAACUUCAGACUGUUUAAGUCGUUGAUUAAAAGGCAAGAUAUUUUUUUUGUGUCAAAUAAUUUUUGGAUUUUCUCGAAGAAAUUUAUUUUUUGAAUUGACAGUUUCGCUGUGGCUCGGACUGCGUAUAAUAAAUUGGAAGCUAUUAUAUAUUUCUGGGAGGAAUUGGGAGCGUUUAUCUCUAAUUUCUCCCAAGGAUUUUUUAUUUAAAGUUUUUUUCCGCGAGAGAGAUAAAAGGAAAAGCAUCUCCAGAACACCACCAGUCUGACCUUUGGCUGUUUUAGGCGCACCAUUGCGAAUGAUUGUUGCCGUAAAUUUUAUUGUUGACAAAAGGAUAAUCAACCAUUCCAAGCUCUUGUCAAGAUUAUGAAAUAAAUAGAGCUACAUAUAUAAAGAAAAAUUUUGACAUACUUAUAUAAAUUCCUGACGUUUCUUAAGAGGAUCCAAAACAAAAAGGACAAUAUUAUCAUUGAGAGCGUAUCGUCAGAAGGGCAUCAUGGCAUAGUCUACAAUUUGUUUUACCAAAUACUUAUUUUGUCAAGAGUGAAUAUUUUACUUUGAUUUUGUUAAGCACCAGAAUCCAGCAAAGGCAACAGGCCUGCGGUCAACGAUGGACAUAAUGUUCUGCGGGUCUAUUAAGUUCGAGGCCAAAAGAGACAAAUAUAGAAUAUGAUCUAGUACCCCCGGAUGGUGGUUGGGGAUGGCUGGUGUUAGCAGGAUCAAUGAUGGUUAACAUUUUAAUACCUGGGACCAUAAAAAGUUUCGGAGUUCUUUUUGUUGAAUUUUUGGAAGCAUUUAAUGCUUCACCUGCUACAGCUGCAUGGAUUCCUGCUUUAUGCUAUUUUUUGUACAGUUCUUUGGGACCCGUCUCUAGCAUCCUAUCUGUAAAAUAUUCGUACAGAACGGUGACUUUAUUGGGUGGUGCAUCUGCGGCUCUUGGAAUGAUAUUGUCAUACUGGGCAUCAUCGGUUGCCUAUUUGUAUUUAAGUUAUGGCCUUCUGGUAGGCAUUGGUGCUGGUUUGUCAUUUCCUCCUACAGUAUAUAUCGUUACAUCAUACUUGGUGAAGUAUCGGGGUCUUGCCAAUGGACUUUGCAUAUCGGGCAGUACGCUGGGAUCUAUUAUCUUACCACCUAUAUUACGCUGGCUUCUUAUAACAUACAGCUACAGGUUAUGGAUAAGAAAAGCGUCUCACAAGCACAUAGAAACUAUAUGAGCAAUAAAAAAAACAACAGCGACAACGAAAUAAGGGAUACAAGAGCGGGUCUAUUAAGUUCGAGGCCAAAAGAGACAAAUAUAGAAUAUGAUCUAGUACCCCCGGAUGGUGGUUGGGGAUGGCUGGUGUUAGCAGGAUCAAUGAUGGUUAACAUUUUAAUACCUGGGACCAUAAAAAGUUUCGGAGUUCUUUUUGUUGAAUUUUUGGAAGCAUUUAAUGCUUCACCUGCUACAGCUGCAUGGAUUCCUGCUUUAUGCUAUUUUUUGUACAGUUCUUUGGGACCCGUCUCUAGCAUCCUAUCUGUAAAAUAUUCGUAUAGAACGGUGACUUUAUUGGGUGGUGCAUCUGCGGCUCUUGGAAUGAUAUUGUCAUACUGGGCAUCAUCGGUUGCCUAUUUGUAUUUAAGCUAUGGCCUUCUGGUAGGCAUUGGUGCUGGUUUGUCAUUUCCUCCUACAGUAUAUAUCGUUACAUCAUACUUUGUGAAGUAUCGGGGUCUUGCCAAUGGACUUUGCAUAUCGGGCAGUGCGCUGGGAUCUAUUAUCUUACCACCUAUAUUACGGUGGCUUCUUAUAACAUACAGCUACAGGGGAGCGGUCUUAAUUAUGGGAGGCAUAACUCUUAAUGUAUUUGUCGCCGCCAUAUUCUAUGAGCCUGUUGAGCGACAUAUGAUACGAGUUCCUAACAACAAAACAAUGCUUGAAGAUAUUGAAGAAGAGGACAUCGGAAUUGUACUACAAUUUGAGUCCAUGAAUAAAACAAACGACGAUAUAUACACGACCAAUAAACAGGUCGUAUCUUAUAACACACCAGGUACAAAUUCGCAAGACUUGCAAAAUUUUAACCUAGGUGCGGAAGAUCCGCUAUUUAUGAGAAGUGCAUCAGCAACUGUCGUCCAAAACAUGGGAAAAAAUCAUGAUGAAAUGCAUCAAUCCUCUUCUUCGCGAAUACGUAAAGUCAGUACACCUGUUCGUCUGCCGCAGCGGAAUCAAACAUUUGCAACAUCAGGACAACUCAAUUCACAAUCAUCCCUAUACGCUGUUCCUGAAAGUUGUUGCUCAAGUAAUAAACUCGAACGCAUGAGAAAUAGCUCAAAAAAUCAUUUAACACGUCUAUCUCCAUCCACCAGUAGUUUUCAAUAUAUCAGUACUCCGUAUCAUGGCAGCACUCUCUCUUUUCAACCAAAAGAAUUUUCAUCUCAUCUCUCAUUGCGUUCAAUUGCUAGUGGUACAGCAGUAAAUGCUAUACAUUCGGACCUUAAAUUAGAGAGCAUAAAGCAAGAGGAAAGUGAUAUUGACAAGCGAACAAAAUUCUUUGAUUUAAGUUUACUCACGGAUCCUACAUAUUUGGUUAUACUGAUAUCGAAUUCUACAAACGCCAUCGGCUACACUAAUUUUAUCAUAUUAUUACCCGCAUACGGUGUUGCGCUGGGAUUUGAUAAAUCGUUAGCCGCGUACCUCAUUUCAAUUGUCUCUACAACAGAUCUAAUUGGACGUAUUGGGGGAUCAGCUCUUUCAGAUAUGGGAUUAAUACCGAAAACGUGGUAUUUUAUUGGCGGGUUAGCAAUUUCAGGUGUUAGCUUGGCAAUACUUCCGUUAUCUUCUAGUUACGGAAUGGUGAGUUUUUGGUGCGCGGUAUUUGGAUUAGCGUCAGGAGUUUAUGUAGGCAUCACUGCUGUUAUAAUGGCUGAUAUGUUGGGGUGCGAACGUUUGACGUCUUCUUAUGGCAUCAGCCUGUUCGUCAAUGGCAUAUUACAAUUAAUUGGACCCCCCAUAUGUGGUCUUUGGUUCGAGUCUGUAGGUAAAUAUAACCCACUUUUUCACACAUUAGGUGUUAUUUUACUUAUUGGAGCUAGUCUUUGGAGCUUAAUGCCCUUUAUUAAGAGUCACAAUCAACAAAAACGAACUUCCAUAGAGAAUAAUACAUUGUAAUUUUUGAUUUAAAAUCUUGUAGUUUUUGAUUUUUUGCCGCAUAAUAUAUACUUGAUUAUAUACGUUUAGGAAGUAGUUUUUGUACUUCCUCUGUACACAAAAAGCGUGCAGAAGGACAUGACUUAUAUAUAGACUAUUUUUAGUUCUUAAGCAAUGUCACAAAAAUUUCACCAUACAGAAGUGUAAUUUUUUAAAUUAAGUAUCACCAAAUGUUAUAUAUACAAUAAAAAUGCUUCAAAAGCUAAA